AUGGAGCGCCCGCUCAACCUCAGCUGCUUCGCCGAUACGACGCUGGACGCCGGCAACCGGAGCGGGUCCUCUGGCAGCCCGGACGGCGGCCGGGGACACCUCUCCGUCUUCAGCGUGCUGGUCCUCACCCUCUUGGCCAUGCUGGUCGUGGCCACGUUCCUCUGGAACGGGCUGGUCCUGGCCACCAUCCUCCGGGUGCGCGCUUUCCACCGGGUGCCCCACAACCUGGUGGCCUCCAUGGCCAUCUCCGACGUGAUGGUGGCAGCCCUUGUCAUGCCCCUCAGCUUGGUACGCGAGUUGUCUGGGCGGCGGUGGCGGCUGGGCCGGUUGCUGUGCCAGGUGUGGAUCUCCUUUGACGUGAUGUGCUGCACGGCCAGCAUCUGGAACGUCACAGCCAUCGCCCUGGACCGCUACUGGUCCAUCACCCGCCACCUGGAGUACACACUCCGUAUCCGUCGACGUAUCUCCAACAUCAUGAUUGCCCUCACCUGGGCACUCUCUGCCUUCAUCUCCUUGGCCCCGCUGCUCUUUGGCUGGGGAGAGACUUACUCAGAGGACAGUGAGGAGUGCCAAGUCAGCCACGAGCCUUCCUACACCAUCUUCUCCACCUUUGGGGCCUUCUACCUGCCCCUUUGUGUGGUGCUCUUUGUGUACUGGAAGAUCUACAAGGCCGCCAAGUUUCGCAUUGGAUCUCGAAAGAGCAACUCCAUCACCCCCAUUACACCAGAAGGCCUGGAGGUGAAAGAUGCUGCCCAGGAGCCACAGAUGGUCUUCACUGUCCGUCAUGCCACUGUUACAUUCCAGACUGAUGGAGACACAUGGAGAGAGCAGAAGGAAAAGAAAGCUGCCCUCAUGGUGGGCAUCCUUAUCGGGGUCUUUGUGCUCUGCUGGAUCCCCUUCUUCAUCACAGAGCUCAUCAACCCCCUCUGCUCAUGUGACAUCCCACCCAUUUGGAAGAGUAUUUUUCUAUGGCUAGGCUAUUCAAAUUCCUUUUUUAAUCCACUCAUCUACACUGCUUUCAACAAAAACUACAACAAUGCCUUCAGGAACCUAUUCUUUAGACAGCACUGAACAGAAAAAGCUUUCCUGCUGCUGCAGGAAGCUGAUUUCAACUCUCAGUGAAUCCUUCCAAACUCUUCAGGAAGUUCAAAGCCACAGAUGCUGGAGGUGAUGCUAGAGACACAUCCCCAGGGGUCGUACAUCCCAGCAACAGUCUUGGUUCCUGCACAGACUGUCCUACCCAGCCUUUAAGUCAGUUGCUAUUUUUCCUGCAAAGAGCAUGCAAGAGUUUCUCUGGUCGGCAACACAGCUCUCCCUCCUGUGCCCCACUGCUUUCCUCCUGCCCUUCCUAGUGACAUUCUUGGGACUGCUCGGUGGCAGUAAUGGUGCAGAGGAGUCUUCUGGCAAAGAGUGAUGUUUGAAACACUGGUUUGACCACUGCCAGUCUCUCAUGGCAUGAAUCAACUUAAUGUUGGGAGGUUUUGUGAUUAUAGAUGAAACUGGAUAUUUUAUGGCUUGGUUGAAAAGGCUGUUUGCCUUGUCUUUCGCUGGUAGAGACUGUCAAAUGUUUGUAUUUGGGGAAUAAAACC